AUGUCUUUCUUUUCAGGUUUAAUGGAAACUUUUGUUCCAACUUUAGCUUUUGCUGAUAAUGAAGAAACUUCAAAUGAAGAAACUCAACAAGAAGAACCAAAAGAAGAACAAAAGGAAGAAAAAACUGAAGAAUCAAAAGAAGAAGAGAAAGAAGAACCAAAAGAAGAAGAAACUAAAGAAGAAGAACCAAAAGAAGAAACUAAAGAAGAGGAACCAAAAGAAGAAUCAAAAGAAGAAUCAAAAGAAGAACCAAAAGAAGAAUCCACCGAAGAAUCAGCUGAAGAACCAAAAGAAGAAUCAUCUGGUGAAGAAACUGCUGAAUCAUCUGAAGAAGGUGAAGCUGAAUCUGAAGAAAAAGAAGAAGGUGGUGAUGAUGAUGAAGAAGAAGAAGAUGAAGACGAAGAUGAAGAUGAUGAAGAUGAAGAAGAAGAAGAAGGUGGUGAUCAAUUAGAUAAAAUAAGAGCUCAAUGUGCUGAAUUACCAGAAAACCAUCAUUAUGUUCAUCAUUAUCAAGAAUGUGUUGCUAGAGUUUUAAAAGAACAAGAAGAAGAAGGUUAUGAAGAUAAAGAAUAUAAAGAAGAUUGUGUUGAAGAAUUCUUCCAUUUACAACAUCAUAUAAAUGAUUGUGUUGCUCCAAGAUUAUUUCAUCAUUUGAAAUAA